AUGACGGACAGCGGCGACAUAUCACCCGGCACAGUCAACGGUGUCUCUCAUGAGGCAUCUGCGACCAACGCGCCUCAACAGCCCACGACCAACGGCAACCUGCCAUUGCAAGACGAGGUGCGGGCCCAGCAGGACCAGGCCCAGCAAACCCCGGCUCAGCAGAACGGUCAGCAGAACGGAGCCCCCAAUGGCAAUGACGCCUCCCCGCAGAAGCCCGAAUCUCGUGCGACAGGCCUCAAGAAAACAGUCAAUCCUAUAAAGAAGGGCCCGCCUGGAGGUUUCGAUACGACGCCUCUCCCCGAUGCGCCGCCGGGCUACACAGUCCGAUUCUGCUUCCGAUGCGCUGCCAAUCUCCCCCCCGCCGACUUCAACACGGCCUCUUCGGAUCCCUUCUUGACGGCUACACUAAAGGCCGCGAACCCCAAGCGCCACAAGGAGGACCCUGAUCUCGUGCACCGGACGCGCACGCUGCGGCGGACGACGGAGCCGGAAUGGAACGACGAGUGGGUUGUCGCCAAUGUACCGCGCACGGGUUUCACGCUCAAGUGCCGUCUCUACGAUGAGGACUCCCCCGAUAGCGACGAUCGUCUCGGAAACGUCACGAUACGCGUGCCCCAAGUCUUCGAGCAGUGGGAGGGCCUGCCGCCGCCCGGAAAGGAAUUCGGAGCCAAGAAGCGCAUGAUCAGCAAGCGGGCGUUUCUGCUCAAGGGCCUUUCCAGCAUCCUUCAUUCAGGGACACACAUCACCCCGCGGCUCACCGUCAGCAUCGAGGUCCUUGGACGCUCGGAUCCGCCGCAUGCGCAAAUGUACACGCUGGGGCCCACGACCUGGAUCAAACAUUUCAGCCCCAUGAUUGGGCGCCUGACGGGUAUCAAGGUCAAUGCCAACGAGGAGGAGGACCAGAACGGAGCGUCAAGCCAGGCCUCCUCGGGCGAAGCCGAAGGCAAGGGCAAGGGCAAAGGGAAGGGGAAGGGGAAAAGCAAGAAAUAUGAUUUCCAAGCCAACGAAAUGCAGCUCCAAGGCCCAGUGCCGCCGUCGCUGUACCACCGCUACGUCCAGUUCCGCCCCGUCAUUGGCGCCAUGUUUGCGUCGACGGGCUUGCGCGGCAAGAUUCUCAACGCCGCACUGCACAAGCAGCAUAACCGCAUCUACAAUUUCGAUCGUUCGACCGAGUACGGGACGUUUGAGCCAUGCACGGAGAAUGCGGCGCUGCAGUUCCUCCGCAUGGCACACUUUGACGAAGGCGGCCGCGUCUUUACGUACGUGCUGACCCUCGACGGACUACUGCGUUUCACCGAGACGGGCAAGGAGUUUGGCAUCGAUCUGCUGAGCAAGCAUACCAUGCACUCCAACGUCGAGACGUAUAUCGCCUGCUCAGGCGAGUUCUUUAUCCGCCGGCUACAGCACGCGCACACCACGGAUAAUCCGGAUCCGCACGAGAAGACGCAUCCCACGGAAGAGCUCUCUGGCGGCCCACCCAAGUCCGAUCCGCCACCGAACCCGUCGUAUUACCAGCUCGUCAUUGACAAUGAUUCGGGCACGUAUCGCCCUGACAAGUCGAUCCUGCCCGAUCUCAAAGCAUUCCUGCACAGAAAUUUUCCCGGGCUUGGCGUCGUGGCAAUGCACUGGGAAGAGGAGAAGCUGCAAAAGAUGAAGGAGGCGCAGCGCAAUGUCAAGAAGAAGGAAGGCCGCAUGAUCAAUGUGGUCAUGAACAGCAGCAUGAGCAGCCUCAGCUCGGCGGAAAGCGAUCUCGACGCGCGAGACACGGGCUGGGAGCAAGGAAAGAAGAGCAAAAGGGAGGCGGCGCUGGAAGCCGUCGAGGAUCCCUCAAAGCUCAAGGACGUGUUUGGGCAGGUAUCCCACCACAAGCACGGGGAGAGCAGCAAGGCCUGA